AAUAAUAAUAAUAAUAAUAAUAAUAAUAAUAAUAAUAAUAAUAAUAAUAAUAAUAAUAAUAAUAAUAAUAAUAAUAAUAAUAAUAAUAAUAAUAAUAAUAAUAAUAAUAAUAAUAAUAAUAAUAAUAAUAAUAAUAAUAAUAAUAAUAAUAAUAAUAAUAAUAAUAAUAAUAAUAAUAAUAAUAAUAAUAAUAAUAAUAAUAAUAAUAAUAAUAAUAAUAAUAAUAAUAAUAAUAAUAAUAAUAAUAAUAAUAAUAAUAAUAAUAAUAAUAAUAAUAAUAAUAAUAAUAAUAAUAAUAAUAAUAAUAAUAAUAAUAAUAAUAAUAAUAAUAAUAAUAAUAAUAAUAAUAAUAAUAAUAAUAAUAAUAAUAAUAAUAAUAAUAAUAAUAAUAAUAAUAAUAAUAAUAAUAAUAAUAAUAAUAAUAAUAAUAAUAAUAAUAAUAAUAAUAAUAAUAAUAAUAAUAAUAAUAAUAAUAAUAAUAAUAAUAAUAAUAAUAAUAAUAAUAAUAAUAAUAAUAAUAAUAAUAAUAAUAAUAAUAAUAAUAAUAAUAAUAAUAAUAAUAAUAAUAAUAAUAAUAAUAAUAAUAAUAAUAAUAAUAAUAAUAAUAAUAAUAAUAAUAAUAAUAAUAAUAAUAAUAAUAAUAAUAAUAAUAAUAAUAAUAAUAAUAAUAAUAAUAAUAAUAAUAAUAAUAAUAAUAAUAAUAAUAAUAAUAAUGAUAAUAAUAAUAAUAAUAAUAAUAAUAAUAAUAAUAAUAAUAAUAAUAAUAAUAAUAAUAAUAAUAAUAAUGAUAAUAAUAAUAAUAAUAAUAAUAAUAAUAAUAAUAAUAAUAAUAAUAAUAAUAAUAAUAAUAGUAAUAAUAAUAGUAAUAAUAAUAAUAAUAAUAAUAAUAAUAAUAAU